AUGGCAGACCUGUCACAACUAGAGACCUGUUUUCGAGAGCUGUCCAGUGCAAUUCAAAGCUUUAUUACCCACAGCCACCAUGUCGCUUUCCCUGUGCAAAGCUCCGGAAUUAACCCAACGCGUGUGACUACCCCAGAUAGCUCUAACGGUGCUUGUCGCGCCCGAGAGUUAGCGCUAGCCAACCUAACCAGGCUUCAAAUAAUGUUGUUUGAGCCGGGUGACUUUUUACAGCAGCUGGCACUUCAGACCCAGCUCCUUGCUUGUAUCCAGUGGCUAGGGGAGUUCCAAGUUCCUGCAUGCAUUCCGAUGGACGGUAGUGCUUUGAUGAAAGAUGUAUCGGAUUUGAUUGGAGUUCCGGAGACACAACUUGGGCGCAUCGUCAGUGUAGCUAGUUUGGGCGGGUUCUUACAAGAAGCAAAACCGGGACAUGUGGCUCACAGUCCACUAUCGGCUGCCUUCGUGGCCAAGCCAUCGUACCUAGAUGCAGCCAUGUUCCUUGCUGAUAAAGCAGCUCCAGCUGCGUGGAAGAUGGCUGCUGCAACAAAACAAGUAAGAGAUUCACCGCAAAAGGCUCAAGAGGUGAUGUUCCACGAGGGCAUUUUUGCAAAUGCAGAAAAGUCCGAGCUCCCGCGACUGCAGCGACAGUGGCGCGCGUAUCUUCGAUAUGGCCUUGGGCAUCAUUGUGAUACCGCAACAGAUAUCCUUACUUGUUUGGGGACAAGUCAAAUCGGCGCCGGAUCACUGGUGGUAGAGGUUGGCGCGAGAUCCACUGAGCGCGUGCUGGAACUCGCAAAUAAAUACCCCUGUUACCGGCUGAUUGCCCAAAUGAGCUCAACUGCCUCUAUUCCAUCGUCCAUCAGCAGUAAUGGCACCCCAGCGCCGAAACUCCGACACCCACGAAUUCAAGUUCAAUACCGCGAUCCAGGCACCCCGCAGCCAAUCGAGGAUGCCAGUAUCUACAUAAUCAAUUUUCCUCUGCCAGAACCAGGGGCAACAUGGACGUCCCUCAUGGCGGAGCUUGACAGCGAGCUGCGGGCCCAUUUGAGCGUGCUACACAAAAGACCUACUGCCACCUUAGUGCUCACGGCACCGGCAUUACCUGAACGGGGGACGAUACAUGCGGAUCCAGGAAUUGAAUCACGUCUACGAGAUUUGUCCUUGAUGCAGUUAGCAAACGAGCGUGAACAUGAAAUGUCGGAAGUCAUUGGGUUAUUGAAUGGGAUGGGCAAUAGUGAGGGCCGGCUAGUGUUGGUGAAUAAAGUGAGAUCGAGGGGCCGAGGUGGCGCAGUCGCGUUGGAGAUUAAGUACCAAGUCUACCCAGAUCAAUAG